AUGGAGUUGUUAAAGCUUCUGUGUUUGAUUUUAUUUCUUACUCUUUCCUAUGUCGCCUUUGCAAUCAUUGUCCCACCUCUAAACUUUCCCAAAAAUAUACCCACCAUCCCAUUUUAUGUAGUAUUUUUACCAGUAAUAUUUCCCAUUGAUCAAACGGAGCUAUACGAUCUUUAUAUUAGGGAAUCAAUGGAAAAAUACGGUGCUGUAAAAUUUUUCUUUGGUUCACGGUGGAAUAUUCUCGUUUCUCGUUCUGAGUAUCUAGCACAAAUAUUCAAAGAUGAAGAUACUUUUGCGAAGAGCGGUAAUCAAAAGAAAAUCCCAUACAGUGCUCUUGCCGCUUACACAGGGGACAAUGUCAUUAGCGCGUAUGGUGCAGUUUGGAGAAACUACAGAAAUGCUGUGACAAACGGGCUCCAACAUUUUGACGAUGCACCUAUAUUCAAAAAUGCAAAAAUUUUAUGCACUUUGAUAAAAAACAGACUCCUAGAAGGACAAACUUCGAUCCCUAUGGGACCUUUAUCCCAGAGAAUGGCAUUGGAUAACAUUUCACAGGUUGCCCUUGGAUUUGAUUUUGGUGCUCUAACACAUGAAAAAAAUGCUUUCCACGAGCAUUUGAUUCGUAUUAAAAAGCAAAUAUUUCAUCCAUUCUUUUUAACUUUUCCAUUCCUUGAUGUUCUUCCUAUUCCUUCAAGAAAAAAAGCCUUCAAGGAUGUUGUUAGUUUUAGAGAACUUCUCGUUAAAAGAGUUCAAGAUGAAUUAGUCAAUAAUUACAAAUUUGAACAAACUACUUUUGCUGCCAGUGAUCUAAUUCGUGCUCACAAUAACGAAAUAAUCGACUACAAACAGUUGACCGAUAAUAUCGUCAUUAUCCUUGUCGCUGGCCAUGAAAACCCGCAGUUGCUAUUUAAUAGUUCACUCUACCUUCUAGCCAAAUAUUCAAAUGAAUGGCAAGAGAAACUCAGGAAGGAAGUAAACGGCAUCACUGAUCCAAAAGGCUUAGCAGAUUUACCCUUAUUAAAUGCUUUUCUCUUCGAAGUAGUAAGAAUGUAUCCUCCUUUGAGCACAAUUAUUAAUAGAUGUACUACCAAAACGUGCAAGUUGGGGGCGGAAAUUGUUAUACCCAAGGGCGUAUAUGUCGGGUACAACAACUUUGGAACCUCACACGAUCCCAAAACUUGGGGCACAACAGCAGAUGAUUUUAAACCAGAAAGAUGGGGUUCAGAUAUCGAAACCAUAAGGAAAAACUGGAGAAUGGCGAAAAACAGAUGUGCUGUGACUGGGUUCCAUGGAGGCCGAAGAGCAUGCCUAGGGGAAAAACUAGCCCUAACAGAAAUGAGAAUUUCUUUGGCUGAAAUGUUGAAACAGUUUCGAUGGAGUCUUGACCCUGAAUGGGAAGAAAAAUUAACUCCCGCUGGGCCUCUUUGCCCUCUUAAUUUAAAGUUAAAAUUUAACGAGAAUAUAAUGGAAUAA